AUAACAGAGAAUUAAAACAUGGGUCCCACAAUAAUCCAAUCGUCAAAUAAUCUUCCACCUUUUUGCCACGUAGCACACAAAGUCACGUAAGCCCUUCCCCUACAUUAGAGACCAAACUCAAAGACUCUCUCUUCUCCAAACCCAAAACAUUGACAAACCGAUAGAGAGAGAGAGACUUCUAUCGUGCGCACAUCUCUCUCUUAACCCUUAUCCUGCGCACCACCAUCACCAUCUUCUUCUCCGGCGAAAAAAAAACCACCACCAUGGGGAAAGGUCGUGCACUUUCCGACGGAGUGAUAAAAAAGAUCAUCCUUUCGUACACCUAUGUCGCAAUCUGGAUCUUCCUCAGCUUCACAGUCAUCGUCUACAACAAAUACAUCCUCGACAAGAAGAUGUAUAAUUGGCCAUACCCAAUAACUCUCACCAUGAUUCACAUGGGUUUUUGCUCUUCCUUAGCUGUGAUUCUCAUCAAAGUCUUCAAAGUCGUCGAGCCUGUUUCAAUGUCACGCGACACUUAUCUCAGAUCCGUCGUACCAAUCGGCGCGUUGUACUCACUCUCUCUCUGGUUAUCAAACUCUGCUUACAUCUACCUCUCUGUUUCCUUCAUUCAAAUGCUCAAAGCCCUAAUGCCUGUAGCUGUUUACUCAAUCGGAGUUUUGUUAAAGAAAGAGACUUUCAAAUCUCAGACUAUGACUAACAUGCUCUCGAUCUCGUUUGGUGUUGCUAUUGCUGCUUAUGGUGAAGCUAAGUUUGAUGGUUGGGGUGUUUUUCUUCAGCUUGGUGCUGUUGCUUUUGAAGCUACAAGGUUGGUUUUGAUUCAGAUCUUGCUUACUUCUAAAGGAAUCAAUCUAAAUCCAAUCACUUCUCUCUAUUAUGUUGCUCCUUGUUGUUUGGUUUUCCUCUCUGUUCCUUGGAUCUUUGUGGAGUUUCCAGUUCUUAGAGAUACUUCGAGUUUCCAUUUCGAUUUCAUGAUCUUUGGAACCAAUUCUGUUUGUGCGUUUGCUUUGAAUCUUGCUGUGUUCUUGCUCGUUGGGAAAACCUCUGCUUUGACAAUGAAUGUGGCUGGUGUGGUUAAAGAUUGGCUUUUGAUUGCAUUCUCGUGGUCGGUGAUUAAGGACACGGUCACACCGAUCAAUCUGUUUGGUUAUGGACUUGCCUUUUUGGGUGUUGGAUAUUACAAUCACUGCAAGUUACAGGCGUUGAAGGCUAAAGAUGCACAGAAGAAGGUUCAGGCAAGUGAUGAGGAAGCUGGGAAGCUUUUGGAAGAGAGGGAAAGUGAAGCUAAACGAAACGAAACCCAAGAUUAAUCAGAUUCUGAUUCUGGUUCAAGAAUGCUAUUUCAAGGAACAAGAGCUUCAAGGGUAAGAUGAUUUUGGAUUUUGCAUUGUCGGUGUUCGUCUACGUUUUAGUUUUGCGAUUAUAUUUUUUAAGUUAUGGCUGAUUAUAUUACAUAGUGAUGGAUGGGUGUUUCGAGUUUCAUGAAUCUUUUGAACUCCAUUGUAUCUUCUUCUUUUGAGUUAUCUUUUGUUUCUUACUUCCUCAUUAUGAAUCUCUAUCGAUGUGGGUAACAAUUGUUGUAGUAGUAACUUCUUUAUAUUUUGCCCAUUGAGAUUUGUUAAAUGUCAAAUUGAAAUUCCCUUCUUUUCUCU